UAGCGUGCGGCGGUGGGCGGGGCCAGGUGGGCGCGGGGAGGGCAGCGAUGGCGCUGAGCGGGGCCGUGAGGGCGGCGAGGGGCAGGUGUGCGCGGGCGCUGAGCUGGGCGGUGCCCCCCUCGAGGGGCACGGGUGACACCGCGGGCACGGGUGACACCGCGGGCACGGCUGCCACCAGCAGGGGCACGGCUGCCACCAUCUUCGCGCUGUCCUCGGCGCCGGGCCGCUGCGGCGUGGCCGUGAUCCGGGCCAGCGGGCCGGGCUGCGGGGGGGCCCUGCGCAGCCUCACCGGGACCCCCGCGCCGCCCCCGCGCGUCAUGGCCCUGCGGCGCAUCCGCGACCCCCGCACGGCCGAGAGCCUGGACAGGGGGCUCGUGGUGUGGUUCCCAGGGCCCCACAGCUUCACCGGGGAGGACUGCGCCGAGCUGCACGUGCACGGGGGGCCCGCCGUGGUCAGCGGGGUGCUGCAGGCCCUGGGCCGCCUGCCGGGGCUGCGUCCGGCCGAGCCGGGCGAGUUCACGCGCCGGGCGUUUGCCCACGGCAAGCUGGACCUGACGGCGGCCGAGGGGCUGCGGGACCUGAUCGGGGCCGAGACGGAGGCGCAGCGGCGCCAGGCGCUCCGGCAGCUCGAGGGCGACCUGGGCCGGCUCUACCAGCGCUGGAGCCACGCCCUCACCCAGGCGCUCGCCCACCUGGAGGCCUACAUCGACUUCAGCGAGGAUGACAACGUGGAGGAAGAGGUUCUGACCCAAGUGGGUGUCACCGUGCGGGCGCUGCUGCAGGAGCUCCGGGGCCACCUGCGGGACGGGCGCCGGGGGGAGCUGCUGCGGGGGGGCGUCCGAGCCGUCAUCGCCGGGCCCCCCAACGUGGGCAAGAGCAGCCUGCUCAACCUGCUCUGCCGGCGCCCGGCCGCCAUCGUGUCCCCCACGGCAGGCACCACGCGGGACGUGCUGGAGGUGGCCCUGGACAUCGGGGGGUACCCGCUGGUGCUCAGUGACACCGCAGGGCUGCGCCAGGCCACCGACCCCGUGGAGCGCGAGGGCGUGGCCCGGGCACGUGCCCGGUUGUGCCAGGCUGACCUGGUGCUGGCAGUGCUGGAUGCCACCUCGGUGUCACCCACGCCGGUGGCUCUGGGGGCGGCGCUGGCGGCGCUGGAGCCGCCCCCGGGCACCCCCUGCGUGCUGGUGCUCAACAAGGCCGACCUGCUGGGGGGGCGCAGGGGGUCCCCGAGUGCCCAGGGACCCCCUGCCACCCUGCUGUCCUGCGGGGGGUCCCCGAGUGCCACCGGUGCCCAGGGACCCCCUGCCACCCUGCUGUCCUGCGGGGGGUCCCCGAGUGCCACCGGUGCCCAGGGACCCCCUGCCACCCUGCUGUCCUGCAAGACGGGCGAGGGGCUGGAGGCGCUGCUGGAGCUGCUGGCACAACAGCUGGCACGGCUCUGCGGGGAUCCCCUCCUGGGCUCGCCCAGCCUGACGCAGAGCAGGCACAGCCGCCACCUCGGGGCGUGCGCGGCGGCCCUGGAGCGCUUCGGGGACGUCGGGGACAGCGGGGACCUGGCGGUGGCAGCCGAGCAGCUGCGGGUGGCACGGCGGGAGCUGGGCAGGAUCACCGGGCACGUGGGCGCCGAGGACGUCCUGGAUAUCAUUUUUAGGGAUUUUUGUGUCGGGAAGUGACGGUGGCGCUCCGUGGGGCGUGGUGUCACCGGCAUUAAACCGUGGUGCCUUUGG